AUGGCACCGCCCAAGCGUAUUCAGCUAUGUUUUCUCGAAACCGCCUGCACCGGGGGCUAUAUGGCUUCGGGCCAGUGGAAACGCCCAGAUGAUGUCUCCUGCACCAAGGACACAUUAAAGUACUACACGGACCUGGCCAAGCUGGCGGACCGGGGCAAGAUCAGCGCCAUCUUCUUUGCCGACUGGUACGCCGGCUUUGACGUGUACGGCGGCAGCCUGGACGCGUGCCUGCGGUCCGGCCACCAGGUCGCGCACCUGGACCCCUUGCCCAUUGUCGCGGCCAUGGCGGCCGUCACCGAGUCCGUCGCCCUGGCCGUGACCAUGAGCACGAGCUACGCCAACCCCUACGUCUUGGCCCGGCAGUUUUCGACCCUCGAUCACCUCACGGGCGGGCGCUGCGCGUGGAAUAUCGUCACGUCGUGGUCAAAGAGUGCGGCCAAUGCAUUGGGCUUCGAUGAUGUGGUUCAACACGACGAGCGGUACGAGGUGGCGGAUGAGUACAUGGAUGUUGUCUACAAACUGUGGGAGAGCUCGUGGGCACCCGACUCGAUAGUCUGGGACAAGACCAACGGCCUCGCGUUCGACGCGUCAAAGAUUCAAAAGAUUGAGCACAAGGGCAAACACUUCCAAGUCAGCGGGCGCAACCAGGUGCACCCAUCGCCGCAGCGAACGCCGGUCCUGUUCCAGGCGGGCACGUCGAAAUCUGGCACUGCCUUUGCCAGCAAGCACGCCGAGGCCAUAUUCCUAAACACGGCGUCGGUCGCGCAGGCCAAGGACGUGGUGGCCAGGCUCCGCGCCCAGGCGGCCGCCAACGGCCGCGAUCCGGCCUCUGUGAAAUUCUUUCCCUGCAUCGUGCCCACCAUCGGACGCACCGAGGCCGAGGCGCGGGCCAAGUACGAGGCGGCCCGGGCCCACGCGGAUCCCGUGGCCGGGCUGGCGCAGUUCUCGGGCUACACGGGCAUUGACUUCUCCCAGUUCCCGCUCGACGAGCCGCUGGACCUGAGCGACUCCAAGCAGGACCUGGCUAUCCAGAGCGUCUUCAAGAGCUUUGCGGCGUCGGGCGAGGCGUGGACCCCGCGCAGUCUGGGCAUGCAGAUGGCCCUCGGCGGGCUGCACCCUUGCCCCGUCGGCAGUGUGGAGCAGGUCGCAGACGUGUUUGAGACUUGGAUCCGGGAAGCCGAUGUUGAUGGCUUCAACGUGGCGAGCAUCACCAACCCUUCGAGCUGGGAGGAUGUGGUGGAUUUGUUGCGGCCAGAGCUGGUUCGCCGAGGCUUGAUGUGGGACGACUACGACGUCCCAGGUGGAACGUUUCGGGAGAAUUUGCUUGGCCAAAAGACGCUGAGGAAUGACCAUUAUGGAUCCAAUUUCAAGUGGCAAUCUGAAAAAGUCAAGUCAAACGGUACCAACGGUGCGCAUAGUCAUGACGAAAAGGAAGCUGGCAUCUCAACUAGUAGUUAA